UUUGUUACCGGAAGUAAUAAUUCUAAAAUGGCGGACGGUCAGGAUAAUUUGUGAUCGAUUUUUAUUUAAGAUUUCUCCCAUUUAAUAGUAAAAAUUCUGCACCAUGUUCAGUUUAGAAAGAUUCAAAUAAACGUAACAAGCAUCUGUUCAACGAUUACAGGGACCAGUCACUGUUCAUUAGAAGGUUAGAAGCAGAUGACUCAUAAAUAGAGAUCUCUGAAAAUAUAAGAAAUUUUCGAGUCGAGAUUUCGUGGAUAUUCAGAAAUGUAGGAGUGUGAUGAAAAGGCUGUAUGCAUGAUGUCACUGUGGAAAAAUGGGCUCCUUCUCCUGAGCAUAAUACGUUAUGCAGGGUCACAAGAUUUAUUAUUUCCACCGAGCCCAGGUGUGGUUUACAGUCCACUAAACAAGACUGCAAGUAUACCGUGUGAACUUACAUUCCCGGAUGAUGAGAUGGUUGAACUUGUCAUGUGGUCCCAGGAAGGAGUCUAUAUUGUUCUUAAGGGUAAAGAUGGACAGAUCAAGCAUAGGGACCCAAGCGUUGAAAACAAGUUUACCAUUGUGGGAGAGAACAAUACUCUAAUCGUAACAAGUGUCCGAACAGAAGAUGGAGGAAACUACACCUGUAGAAAGAGCGCAAAGAAAUUAGUUGACGGCAACUUAGAGUUUUUUGAAGAGUCAAAGUCAACAGAAUUAAUUGUACAAGACCUGAAAAACAUGUCACUUUCUGAAGAAAUUGAUGAUUAUGUCAUAGAUGAUGUCAUAGGUGAUGUUAUAGAUGAAAAUAUUACUAUUUCUGAUGAUGUACCAAGUCCCCCUGGCAUACCCACAGUUAGUAAUAUCCAGGCAAGAGAAGCCGUUAUCUCCUGGCAGAAAAGUAUCAAAGACAACAAUAGCCCCAUAAUUAAUUAUAUUAUCAAUGUGAAAAAAGUAAACGAUGUUGGCUGGUCCAACAGUCGUGCAUUAUUGGUGGACAAUAACACAACAAAUAUUAUUGUGCGUGGGCUGUUACCAAACCAGGCAUACCAGAUCAGAGUGAUAGCAAAAAAUGCCCUAGGCAACAGUGAGCCCAGCAGUGCUAGUCAAAUAUUCAUUACUUUUCCUGCAGCUCAGUACGUAACACCAUUUACCAGAAGAAGACGGAAAAGUGCUAAAAGGAUGUCUUCAAAUCAGACUGUCAAUUAUGUGCCAGAGGAGUCUCCUAAAAAUUUGGUAGCUACGAGCACAGAGAGUACAAAGAUAACAUUACAUUGGGACCCUAUGCCGGAGGAGGAGAGGAACGGUGAAGGCGGAGGGUACGAGGUGGAAUAUAAACCUGUUGGCAGUACUGACAUGUUUGCAUACAGUAUAGAGGAUGCAAACAAACAGGAGACAUUGAUAGAAAACCUGAAGCCAUUCACAGACUACUCAGUGUCAGUUAAGUUCUUCAAUGAUGUUGGUCAAGGCCCUCCAGCAACAGUAUCUAUUAGAACUAGGGAAGGAGUGCCAGAGAAGCCACGUAUCACACAUUGUUCUGAGAUGAAGUCUACAUCGUUUGUAGUUAAUUGGGAAGCACCUGUUAUAGAGAAUGGCAUUUUAAAGAACUAUCAACUACAGUGGAUCAACAACAACACGUUCAAGACAAGGAUCAUUACUGGACAUCUUACACAACCCAUGUCUGCUCAUAUUACUGGAUUAGAGCCCUAUACAGAAUAUCAGUUGAGAGUAAGGGCAGAGACAGGAGGUGGUUACAGUGAUUACAGUGAUCUAUACCCCGCCCUCACAGAUGUUGAUAAACCGAGUGCUCCAACAGUAUUGAAUGUGUCAGUUGUGUCAUCAACGGCAGUGUUUGUUCAGUGGUUGCCUCCGAAGACAUUCUUCAAGAAGAUAGACUCGUACUUCAUUCAGUACACUGCAAUGAGUGGAGAACCGUGGAGAGGGGAUAAUAUGGUUCCAGGCUUAGACUACAAGAAACUGAUAACUGAGUUACCUACAAACAUGAAGUAUAAACUGACGAUUGCUGCAGUGACUCAAAGUAUAUUUUCUACCUCGUAUUACAUAGGAGACUUCUCUGAAGAAAUGAUAUUUGUAUUGGAAGAUCCCACGGUUGUUGCUGAAGCGCUACAGGAAGAAACGAUGAACGCAGGAGCGAUAGCGGGGAUUGUUGUCGGGCUUAUUUUCGUUUGUGCUCUGCUCCUCUUCUUCAUUGGAUAUAGGUCAAUGACAUGUAGAAAGUACACAAGGUCAUUGGUCUAUCUGGCAGUACCAACAAACUCUCAGUCUCCACAGAGUACCGUAGUCUUCCCUCCAGAUACAAUAGAGGAAGACACAAAGUAUCCAGAGAUAAAGGUGACCGAUUUCUUACAACAUAUUCGUGCCAUGCAUGCCAAUAGUGAUGAUGGUUUCUCGGCAGAAUUUGAAGAUAUCUCUAGUCGUACAAGAACAGACUUGAUGGCCGAUGCUUCCUAUUUGCCGGAAAACAAAGCCAAAAAUAGAUAUGUCAAUAUAAGUGCUUUUGACCAUACAAGAGUAAUAUUACAACCUCUUCCGGGACGACCAAAGUCAGAUUAUAUCAAUGCAAACUUUAUUGAUGGCUACAAUAAACCUCAUGCCUACAUAGCAACCCAGGGUCCCCUGCCACAUACCUUUGCCGAUUUUUGGAGGAUGAUUUGGGAGCAGGGCUCCAUUGUUAUUAUAAUGAUCACUAACCUGAUCGAGCGGGGUCGCCGGAAGUGCGACAUGUACUGGCCUGAGGAUGGCUCAGAGACAUAUGGCUACGUUACUGUCAAACACAUCAAUACUUUCUCCAGAGCGCAUUACACUGUUAGAAUGUUUUCUCUAAAAAGUAUUAAGAAUAAAAAGAAGCAUGUAUCCGAGCGUAUAGUGUACCAGUAUCACUAUACAGAGUGGCCUGACCAUGGUGUUCCUGAGUUCACUCUACCAGUUCUAAAGUUCAUACAGAAAUCUUCAGGAGAAAAUCCUCCAGGGGCUGGCCCCAUUGUCAUUCACUGCAGUGCUGGUGUUGGGCGGACUGGUACCUAUAUUUUGAUAGAGGCAAUGAUCAAACAGAUAAAAGACAAGGGCACAGUCAAUAUUCCUGCUUCCUUAUUACAUAUUCGACAACAGAGAAACUUUCUCGUACAAACUGAGGAGCAGUAUAUGUUGAUACACGAUGCAAUAGCAGAGUACAUCCUCACACAGGGUGAUACAGAAAUCAAAGAACACGACAUCAGUAAAUACCUGACACAAGUUACCCAUCAAGUCAAUGGGGAAAUGACCUCCCUAGAUAUACAAUAUAAUCUGGUCACAAACUUCAGUCCCAAACCAGAUGACAUGUUCCAUGCGUUGAAGAGUGUGAACCUGUGUAAGAAUCGCCAGCUGGACAUGGUUCCAUUAAGUGUGAAACGUGUAGUGUUACCUAUGAAACCCGGUGUAGAAGGCUCCGAUUAUAUAAAUGCCACAUAUCUACAGGGCUACAACAAAAGUAACGAGUUUAUAAUUACCCAGCAUCCCCUAGAACACACAGUAGAAGAUUUCUGGAGAAUGGUUUGGGAUCAGAACACGUCAGUUAUAGUUCAGCUCUCUGAUGUUGAUGAUGAUGAGUUCAAAAGUUUUUGGCCAGAGAAGGACAGUCCUAUAGAUAUUGGUUGUUUCAAGUUAACAUAUCGAGAAGAUGAUGAUGAAAAGAAGUAUAGGAUCCGAGAAUUCCUCUUGCAGUCCAAUCAGGAUGACUACAUUUUAAUGACAAGAAUUGUGAAACCUGUCAAUCCUUGGCCUACGGCGUGUCACCCGCGACAUCAUGUGUUUGAUAUGGUGGACGAGGUACAAACCUUACACCGGCAGAAUGAUAUAGGUCCAGUUAUAGUUGUCGACAGGUAUGGCGGUGUGGAAGCUGCAACGUUUUGUGCUAUGAUCAGUAUCUAUGACCAGUUACAGUUUGAUAAAUCAGUCAACAUUUACCAACUUGCUAAACUCUAUCACCUCAAGAGGGCUGGCUGUGUCGGAUCAAAGGAGGACUACUUAUUCCUGUACCAAGCAGCCGAGAGUUUGACCAAGGAAUGGAUGGAGCGCGAUAAACAGUCUUCACCAGGAUCUAUACGACUCCAUCUUGGAUCUACAAAGAAAAAUGGCACAUUGCCUCGUAGUGUUACUAUAAAUAGCAAAGUAGAAACUGACGUGUGACAGCCAGUAUGACUGGUCACGGAAUUGUAGACACAAACACUAGCAUUUUUAUAUAGGCUAGAUAUUAUUCUGUAUUAUGUUAAUAAAUGAUUCUCCGGGAACGUAAAGUUUCCUCAUCGCAAAAAUAUUGUAAGUAUGUGCUUUUCCAGAAGCUGACACAAUAGUUUUGCAUAGUAGCAACAUUAAAUUCAUAAUCAGUAACAUUUAAUGAUGAUAUUAUGUAGUAGAGGUAAAAUGGACGUGUGUUCAUGUUGCUGUUAAGCCAAAGACUGGUAGAUGCUAGGGUAGUGCCAGAUAUAUAAAUCCAGAACGAGGAUGGGGGAAAUUAUAGCAAAACAGAAAAAAAAGUCAUAUAUUUGAAGAGACUUGGAUUGUUGAAACAAACAACCUUUGCUAAUAAUCACAUGUGUAGAGUACAUUCUGAUUUUUUUAUGAUUACUCUAGAUCGUGCAUUAGCUUUCAUAGAUGUUUGUUUUGUCUGAAAAGUUGUAGUGUCAUUCAAGUUUAAGUUGUACAAUUGUUGUUAUGAAAUAUAUAAGGUGGAAUUCGACAUAUUGUUUUAUGUGCUAGAAUUUGAUAAAGUCAAAAGAGAAGGAAAUAUUUUUGUAAUUAUUGUAACUCUAAAGAUUAAUUUCAACGAAGAAAGCAAACAUAUUGAUUACAUAUUUCAUGUUUAAACCAUGACCUUGUAUUUGUUGUUGUUGUGAUGUAUUUUAAUGACUUUUCACAAUUCUGGUACUUUCUACAAGUGUUAAUUUGCAUUUACAAAGAGUUGAUGAAACCAUGGAAUCUCAUCUAAGAUAUAUUUCACAUAAUUUUUUUGGGAAAAAAAAAAAACGUAACAGCAGUACUGGUAACUUUUAUAAAUAAGUAAGAUAACAAAAACCUGGCCUAGCUCUGUUUUCAUCCAGUAUACUACUGUCUGUCCUUGUUUUUUUUUCUUCUUUUGUUUUUUUUUAAAUGAAAUUGCAAAAGUCAAGAAUGGAUAUGUUGUUUAGAUGUUUCUGGGGAUAAAUAUUUUUCAGGUGACACUUUGACAAAACACAAUUUGUUCAACAAUUAUGACAAUUUAUUUUUAUUACAAAUUGAUGGACAGGUCUUUUUAGGAAGAACAUUAAAUAUUUGAAAAGUAUAGAUUACAUUAUAUCUGCACAGUUCAGUAAAUGCAAAACUGUCACAUUCAACUCAUUGUUGCAUUUAACUGAUUUUGAUAAAAGAUGACAGUCACUGUAAUUCUCUUUUAAAUUUAAAAGAAGCAAGAUUUUUGCAGUCAAACCUGUCUAUAAAGACCACCCUUGGGAGAGCCAAAAUGUGGUCUUUAUUAGGAGGUAGUCUUUAUUCACAGGUUAAAUUACACUGUGAAUGUUAAAAUGGGAAACAAAACAUGUGGUCUUUAGAGUCAGGUGGUGGUCUUUAAUAUAGGUUUGACUUUCGCUGCAAGUAGUAUAACAUAAAUUACUUUUUACAGAAAGUGUAAGUGCUGCUUCCUGAAACCACUGAAAGCCAAAACUGAAAUUGUGAAACUUUUUGAGGUCCAAAUUAAAUGAAAUUUACAAUGAAAAUACGUUACCAAAAUCGUUCCUUGGUGAUAAUUCAAAACUAAUCAUCACAUUUUGAAAAUUAAACUGUUCCUGAGUCUUCAGUUCCUGUGGACAGCGGCGAAGACAAAACUGAUCUUUUCCAAAAUCUGUAUAAACCAAAUAUUUCUGCUAGUACAGAGCCUCUUCAGUGCAACUACUGUACGUAGAUUUUGUCGUGUAAACAUAUUGCCAAAGCAGGUAUACCCCUGCACUUACAGUGAUUAUAGCUGUCUUACAGUGCCAUAACAACAUGUGUAUUUAUUGUAUAAAACAACAGUAGCUAGCUGUUGUCUUGCCUGACUAUAUAAGUUAUACAAAUCAUGUCAUAAUUGAUUGGAAAGAGUGAAUAAAAAAAAAACGGAAAUAUAAAAGUUUCUUAGUAUAACAGUUUUGAUGUUGUACAUUUCAGAUAUUGCAUAUUUUACUUCAUGUUUUCUGAAGGGUUUGCAUAAGGUGCUAGGCUAUAGAGUUUGUUUGUACAUAGAGGAUAUUACACAAGACUUGUCUUUUUAUAUUUAAUUUAUAAAACAUGUCGAAUAAAAUGUGAGGCUUUGCUGAGCAUUUUAUCAGUUUUAUUAAAUGAGUUUAAUAAAUUCAGUGUGGAAAGACACAAAUGUAAUAUUUUUUCUAUCACAUGUUAGCUUUUCCUGCUUAAACAUCAAGAUUUCUUCUUUCUUUACCUAUUAUAGACCAAGUACAUUCAUCCAAUGCCUCCAUACUUAAAACAACAUCAGCAUCAAGGCUUUAUUUCUAUAGUGUAAUAACAAAUUUAUAUAACAACUUUAUUUCACUCCAACAAUGUCAAAAAUGUGAUAAAUGUACCUUAUUAGGUCAUUUCUGAAUAAAAGCAGCUUUUCCCAAAUAAAAUCUUCUGAUUUGGUUGACCAGUCGUGUAAUAUGUUCUUACUGUAGAUCUUAUUUAGGCAGUCAAUUCCUAAUGAACACAUUCAAAGCAUAAGCCAGGAUCUUUCCAGUUACAUGACCGAAAAUUUGUCAUAAAUUACCUAAAAGAAUUAAAAUAUUGAAUGCUGCUGUAAAACAAACAUGUUUGGCUUACAUGUAUAGAAAAGAUUUGGAUCUUCAUCAGUAAUAGUAACCAAUAAUGCUUGUUAUUUUUAGCUCACCUGUCACAUAGUGACAAGGUGAGCUUUUGUGAUCACCCUUCGUCCGUCGUCUGUGCGUCCGUCCGUGUGUCAACAAUUUCUUGUCUGCACGAUAGUGGUUUCAUUUAUGAUUUUAUUUUAACCAAACUUGCACACAACUUGUAUCACCACAAGAUCACGGUUCCUUUCUUGAAGUGGCCAGAUCCCAUUAUGGGUUCCAGAGUUAUGGCCCCUGAAAGGGCCAAAAUUAGCUAUUUUGACCUUGUCUGCACAAUAGCAGCUUUAUUUAUGAUUUGGUUUUUACCAAACUGGCACACAACUUGUAUCACCAUAAGAUCUUGGUUCCUUUCUUGAACUGGCCAAAUUCCGUUAUGGGUUCCAGAGUUAUGGCCCCUGAAAUGGCCAGAAUUAGCUAUUUUGACCUUGUCUGCACAAUAACAGCUUCAUUUAUUAUUUUAUUUUAACCAAACUUGCACACAACUUGUAUCACCAUAAGAUCUUGGUUCCUUUCUUGAACUGGCGAGAUUCCUUUAUGGGUUCCAGAGUUAUGGUCCCCUGAAAAGGCCAGCAUUAGCUAUUUUGACCUUGUCUGCACAAUAGCAGCUUCGUUUAUGAUUUGAAUUUAAUCAAACUUGCACAAAACCUGUGUCACCAUAAGAUCUCGGUUCCUUUCUUGAAUCGGCCAGAUCCCAUAAUGGGUUCCAGAGUUAUGGCCCCUGAAAGGGCCAAAAUUAGCUAUUUUGACCUUGUCUGUACAAUAGCAGCUUUAUUUAUGAUUUGAUUUUAACCAAACUUGCACACAACUUGAUCACCACAAGAUCUUUCUUCCUUUCUUCAACUGGCUAGAUUCCAUCAUGGGUUCCAGAGUUAUGGCCUCUUUCAGGUCCAAAAUCGGCUAUUUUGGCUUUUGCAGCCAUAUAGAGACUUCAUUUAUGGUUUUAUUUGAUACAAACUUCCAAAAUACCUUCAACAACAAUAAAUCUUGGAUUCCAUGACAAAUCAGAUCCAGUCGUAGGUUCCAGAGUUAUUUUAUAUCUGAUUACCUCCCCUGAUUGUAAUCAAAAUGGAUUUAUAUGAGUAAGUACUUAUAGGACUUAUUUGAAAUUUCAUUAUUGUUAUUAGUUGGACUGAGACAAUCAGGGUAGAUAACUAUGGACUGAUUUUAUGUCAAAUUACCUCCCUUUAUUUCAAAUAAAAAUGGGUAUAUCUUCGUAACUAAUGAAGAUACUGAUCUGAAAUUUCAUUUAUGCCAACAAAUUUAUUUGGCAGAUCCUUCUUUUGUUCACUUACAGUAUUUAUUUUUUUCAAUUACUUCCCUUUUACGUUACUAUAAAUAGCUUAUUUUAGUAACUUUUUUAUUAUUGGCCAUAGGGAAAAACCAAGACCACUUUUCUGUGGUAGAACAUGGAUGGUACCUCCAAUUUUUAGGUGUAUUUUGACAUAUCUUUACCUUGUAAGAAUUGUUUUUUCUUUUUGGUUAAAUUUCUUCCCUUAGUUGUUCCUGUCCUUUGGAUUUAGAUAUUUUUUCUGAGGACCUUCUUGUCCUCAAGUGCAAUGAUAACAGGUGAGCGAUAUAGGGCCAUCAUGGCCCUCUUGUUGUGAAUUUUUGUCUCAGUUGACAAGGUAUGUGCAUAAUGUUGACAAGCUUUGUAUGGAAUGAAAAAUCCUAACGGAACAAUUUUCUGUCUAAAGUUGAAACCAGAAACGUCAGUCUGUCUUUGGGACCUGAGGAGCUCUUUCCUUUCAAAUCUAUCUGUGUUAAUGUGUUUUUUGUCUGCAUAAUUGUGUUUUUAUAAAACAGUUGCAAAGAUUAUGGAAAAACUUCUUUAUUAUGUUAAAUAUAUAAAUGUUUGUCUUGUAGAUUAUGUUGAUAUCUAACUUAUUUUAUUAUUGUUGUAAAAUAUAUAUAUUUGGACUUUUGAUGUAAAUUUUUUUGGAUUCAGCCAGAAAAAAAAGCUGUACAUGUCAUAAUAUUACAUUUUUAAUUCCUAUAGAUGUGUGUCAAUUUAUGAACCAACAUGUAUUUUUGAUACUUUUGUACUAGUGUAUAAAUUUUCUACUCUUUAUUAACCAAACUUUUAAAACCUCUCCUACUUCUUCUGAACCAGUUUUCAGCCAUGACUUAUUUACAUGUACCCGUGUAACUUCACUAUGUUUGUUAGUUAUUUACAGAUAAUUGUUCAAUUAUAGAAGGAAAUAUUACUUGCAUGUUCUUUAUUGAUAAAAUAAGUACAUGUAUAUACAAUUUUCUGACGCACUCUGCAAUUUGAGCUGUAGGCUGAAAUGGCCCAGUUCGUUCACACACAUCAAUUUUCUAAUUACUGCAUUUACUUCAGUGACUUGCAUGUUUUUUGCAUGUUUUGGACACAAGUUUACCUGUUAUUAACUCAUGAGCUUAGAAAAUAAAUGUUUAAACUUUACGUUGCCACUAUUUUCUAGCAUAUAUAUAGUUUUGAAAUUCCUAGCUUUAAUAAUUUAACUUAAGACCUUCGACUUAAUUUUUUGAAAAUGUUUUAUGAGUUUUGUUUAGGUUUUUGAUUGAAAGAACUUUGGUAUAGGAGUGAUUUAUUGUACCGAGUAAAUGGUUAUUAGUUGAAUUCAAUUUUACUCAUUAUGGUUAUGUAUAUACAAGAAAAGUUUGUUACAUGUAGCUUAUGUACAUUAAAACAUAAUUCAGAUCAUUUUACAUUAAAUUUCAUUUUCUUAUGCUUAUAUAUACUGACAUAAUUGUUGCAGUUUAGUGAGGCUUUUUUUUAUUCACAAUAUGUUUACUGUUUUUUAUGCUCCAACAUUAAUGUUGGGGGCAUAUAGCAUUGCUGCUGUCAGUCCGUCUGUCCCGAAAUCUUGUGUGUCAACUCCUCCCACACUAAUAGCCUGAUUUGCUUCAAACUUUUCACAGAUGACCAAGCUUGAUGUGCAGAUGACCAUUAAGGAAGAUUUUUUUCUGUGACUAUUUUUACCACAGUUAUGGCCCUUUGAUAGUUUUGCUAUAGAAAUUAUGGAGAAAAAUCUUGUGUGUCCAACUCCUCCGACACCUUUAGUCAGAUUUACUUCAAACUUUCACAGAUGACCAAGCUUAAUGUGCAGAUUACCGGAAAGGAAGACUUUUUUCUGUUUUGCUAUAUAGAAUACAGAGAAAAGUGUUGUGUGUCUAACUCCUCAAACACUAUUGAAAGGAAAUGCUUGAAAGGUUCACAGAACCUCUGUUUAAAGAUAACCAUAAACAAAGAACUUUUUUCUGUGGCUAUUUUUUCUAGAAUUAUGGCCCUUUCGUAAUUUCACAAAAAAAGUCAUAGUGAAGAAAUUUGAUGUUCUCAACUCCUCAUACACUUUUUGAAAGAAUGGAUUAAAAGUUGCUCGUAUGCACAACCUUAUCUGAAUACAUUUUGCUUCAAACUUAUAGUCAAACAUACUUCAUGAGAAGAUGGUCUGUACUUAAAACUUUGCUAUUCAGAGGAUGGAACAGUAUGUGGGGGCAUCCAUGUCAAAUGGACACAAUUCUAUUUAAAAAAUGGCCUCGAAUUCAUUUUGACUUGAGAUUAGACAAAAAUAUCCUGAAAAUAAUCUUGCUUCCAAGCUAAAUGCUCUUGGACAAGAUUGAAAUGGGAUAGACUAAUUUACAUUGUUCUAUAUCAAAACAUCAGAAUUUAUUUUCUUGCCAAUCAAAGUUUUUGUUGAAAGAUUUUCUGUAAGUUUUCUCUAUGUGCCAAGAAGAGGUAUAUAAAAUUGUUAGUUGUGUUGUUUACAAGAAAGAGAAUUUACAGAUAAGUUGUUAUUGCACCAAAUGUUGUUUUUUUUCUACCUAUCACAGAAACAAGCUGUUGUAUUGGAUAUGUUAGUGAUGUAUUUUAUGUGUAUCUAAGCUUAUUUAUAAUCACCAGUAGUAACCCAGAUGGGAAACUCCUUCUGAAGAUUAUUAGUAAUUUUAGUUGGGGGAUAGUGUACGAUAUUAUAGAUGCUCCAGGGCCAGAAACUUUUCUGGUUGUUCUGUAGUGUCACCUAUACACGGGAAUUCUUAUCCGAAUGUAGUAAUUUUAGUCAAAUGAGCAGAGGGGCUAACCCCCUGGUUUUGUAGUAAGACCGUGUUACCAUGUGACCACUGCAGCUGCUCUUCAUAGUUAGUUGUUGUUGUUGUAAAACUGUUGUAAAGAAGUCUGUGAGGUUUAGUCUGUCAGCUUGAAAUUUUAUAAAAUAUUUACAGGACUUGAAGCUUUCCACAAAUCUGAAAGCUCACUUAUCAGGAAUAUUCAAUGAUUAAAACGAAUGGGAACAUUUGAUACAAAUAAAGAAAUUUAGAAAGAUACUGAAUGCAAGGGAAAUAUAUAGUUUUAAAAAGUAGCAAAAUAUUGUUUGUAAAAAAGUCAUUGUCUGGUUUAAAGUUAGUAGUGUGCAGACUGAACAGUUAUUUCUCAAGAUUCAGUAAGAUGAGAUGCAAGAUUAUAGGUUCAUCGUUUUCAAGCUUAUGAUAGCAAUAGGUACUGCGGAACAUUUGGUUUAUAUCUUGUUUUUAUUCCCCUGGGCAUAUAGCAACUGUACAGUCUGUCCGUGUGAACCGGAUUGCCUACAUCCCACAUUAAUGACCUGAUUUAGUACAUACUCACAAAAUGACCUAUAUAUAGGUAAUCUGACCCUCAUAUGACCUUCACCUUCAAACCUUAUAUAUUUGGUCCUACAACCAGCAUAAUGACCAAAUUUUGUUCAUUUACUCACUUAAAAAACCUUGUGGCAAGGCCUACUAACUGACCUAUAUAUAGAUGACCUUGACCCUCAUAUGACCUUCACCUUCAAACUUAUAACUUCUAUAAACAGCAUUUUUGGUCUUGCAGCCCACACUCGUCUGACCUUGUAGCAAGACCAACAAACUGACCUAUAUAUAGCUGACUUUGACCAUCAUCUGUCAGUAUGUACCAGAUAGCCUACAGCCCACAUUAAUAAACCUCUUUAGUUCAUUCUUGCGCUCAACAAUCCAUGUGGCAAGACCUAUAAACUGAUUUAUAUAUGAAUGAACUUGACCCUCAAAUGACAUUCACCUUCAAACUUAAAACCUUAAUAAACAUUAUUUUUGGUCCUACAGCCCACAUAAAUGACCCAAGUUAGUUCAUACUCACUCUUGACAAACCUUCUGGUUAAACCUACAAACUGACCUAUAUAUAAGUGAGCUUGACCUUCAUACAGUGUUCACCUUUAAACUUAUGAUUUUGCAUUUUGAAAACGCAGCUCCUUGUUUCUUUUUGUAGUUUUACGAUAAAGUAAAUGAAAUUUUUUGCAAAAGAAAUUUCUAUGUUAAGUGUUAAGGUUGUAAAUUUACCUUUUUGCAAAAGAAAUUUCUAUAUGGGUCUUAAGCCGGUAGCUUACUGUCUUUCACAACUAUUAAUUCUCAAAAAGUUUGAUAUGUAUUUCAUUGUAUUCAUGAUAAUAACAACCAGCGUUAAGGUUGUAAAUUUACCCUAACUGUUGUCACUACCAGUAUUUCAACAAUUUGACUGUAUCAUGAUUCCAAAUACUUCUGUUUACUUAUUGUCAAAGGUUUUUGUCUUAAGUCUUGAUGCAUUGUAAAAAGCGUUCCUAUUUAGUACAUAAAGUUGUAAAUUACUAAAUUACAACAAGAAAAGUGUUUAUGUUAAACAUUUUUGGACUUAUUCCACAUACAUUAUUAUAAUAAUCAAUAAAAAUUGUUUUCAUCUGCAUUUGAUUACCAGUACACAAAAUUUCGGAAUCAUCCUUCUUGUUGGGACUUUAAAGCGUAAUCAGAAGAUUUACUGGUCGGCUUUCCCGGGAUCAUCAUCAGUUAUUUCAUUACAGGUGUUUACAGUAUUUAUUUUGUCAAAAGUGCACAAAUUAUUAUAGUCAAAAGUAUGACAACAUUCACUUUACAGAAAAUAUCCAUUAUAGAGUAAUGGCAAAAUCUGUUGUGUGUCUGUAUGUAUUACAAAUGUAUUAUUGUUGUAUAUAUUUGUGGAAUUUUGUAAUAUUAUGUAUUAAUGGCUUGUCAUUUUUCAUAUACAUGUAAUUCAUGGAAUAAAAAAAAUAUUAAGUCUA